GUAAAAUCAGUCGGUACAUCAUUUUGUUACAGUUCAUCUCCUCUCCAUGUUUUUUUUCUUCUUCCAAACGAAAGCGACAGCAGCCAUGAAGUAGCCAGUUCAGGGGCAAUUUGGGCGUGCGCCAAGUCGAAGAAUUAAAAAAAAAAAAAAAGAGAUGGGGAGGAAGAAGGUGGAGAUGAAGCGAAUCGAGAACAAGAGCAGCCGCCAAGUGACCUUCUCCAAGCGGCGGAGCGGUUUGAUCAAGAAGGCCCGCGAGAUCUCCGUCCUCUGCGACCUCCAAAUAGCUCUCGUCGUCUUCUCCGCCCCCGGCCGCCUCAACGAAUUCUGCGCCGGCGACAGGCUUUACAAAGAUUCUAAAGCGGUAUUGGAGCAGAACUGCUGCCAAUGAUGCAGAGAGUAGCAGUGACGGUUUAGCAGGAGUCUCUCCCGCGGCACUAUUGCAAAUCAUUCAGAGGUAUGUUGUUGAGGAUCCAGCAGAUGAUGUCCAGCUGACUGUGAAUGACCUUGUACAGUUGGAAAAGCAAAUUGACUUGACACUAACACAAAUCAGAGUUAGAAAGAUGCAAUUGAUGUCAGAGCCUAUAAAGACCCUCCAGGAAAAGGAAAGCAAGCUAGAACAGGAAAACGAGCUCCUAAAGCAACGGAUUUCUGCAGCGGCAAGCGAUAACAACACUGGCUUAGGCACCGUCGAGGGCUCGGAGCAAGAUUUGGUACAGCCUGCAACUCUGCAAUUACUUCAAUAGGAGAUGGACUGGAGAGAAGGCUCCCCUGAACCAGAGUCCUAAACUUUGUAUGGCAAUGAGUUGGCAAGAAGGCUUGAACAAAAAUAAUUUUAAAAGUAAUAUGGCUUCUCUAAGUGUAUUGUUAAUGUAUUGAUAAUAAAGGAUAACUGUACUGUUAACUCUGUAUAUUCUCAUUGGAGAUGAGAGCAAUCAAACAAGGAUCAUUUUAAAUAAUUUGUUUCUACGUUCAUUCUCAUUCUAAUCUU